UUCCAAGUGGGAUUUAAGUUGUUUUUGUUUUUUGUUGGUUUUUAUUGUUUUUUUUUUUCUUUCUUUUUUCUGCUUUCCUGUUCUGUUUCAUCGAUCUCGUUGACCAUUUCUAAGAUCCUUCUAGUUUCGCUUCACUGAUACAUGUUGCAAACUUAUAUACGCUCAGUGCGCAGUUUCAAUUUAUUAUUUCGAACGUAAUAGUCACCGUUCCGAGUUAUAAGAGUAGCGUCGCAAAAAGCGUCUAUAAAUUAUUGCCAAGAAACUGGUGUUUACGGAUUUAUAGAAGUGUUUUAUUAAUUCAGUGUUGACCAAAGAUUUUGGCGCAAGGAUGAACCUUACCGAGCCGAGUACGGAAGUGGAUACGGCAAUAACGCAAAAUCCUGAUCAGUCGAUGGAUCAGGAGGACAUAAACUUCGCGGCGCAGUGCCUGCUGGCCAUGUCUCAGGCAAAGGAUCACAAUUGGUCGGCACCAACAACGGCUGUUAUGCCCUUGGACCUGUCCCAGCGUUACGCCUACCCCACCACGCACAAGAACUUCAUGGACAACACGAGUCCAGGCGUGGUAGUCGAGACGUUGCCGAGUGUCGAGAAUCUCUCGGCCGUUCCGGAAACGCGGCCGUCGACGCCCCCCGAGUCCGUUUCAAGUUCCCUCUACAUGGUGGCCAGGAUAUUAACGGACCUAACGAGGAUCAAGCAGGAGCCGGUCCCCGAGGUCCUGUUCCACGAGGACGAGGACGAUCACGAGGUCGUGGAGGAGGAAGAGGUGGAGGAGGAGGAGGAGGAGGAGGAGGAGGAGGAGGACGAGGAAGAGGAAGAACCACUGCAACAUAACGAGGGCACGAGGUCCACCAAAAACAACUCUUCGUCGCCUAGAUCCUUGUCCGCUCCUCUAAGAAAAACCCACAAGUGCUACUACGUUGGAUGCGACAAGGUUUACGGAAAGAGUUCACACCUCAAGGCUCACCUUCGCACUCAUACCGGUGAACGGCCUUUUCCAUGCGGAUGGUCCGGAUGCGGAAAGAGAUUCGCCCGAAGCGACGAACUCGCGAGACACACGCGAACUCACACCGGUGAAAAGAAUUUCUCAUGUCCAGUGUGCAACAAGAAGUUCAUGCGGAGCGAUCAUCUCAGCAAGCACGCGAGAAGGCAUCCAAACUUCGACCCAUCGGUGCUGAGACAACGUCGACCGCCAACGCGAGCCUUCUCGGUGAAUUCGAGCGACGGAACACCGAGCGAAGCGCUAUCAGACAGCGUCCCAUCGCCGUAGUCAGGUUAUUAGAACAGCUGCUGUUAAGAGGCGUACGAAUGUAAAUAACAAAUAAAUUGUGAACAAUAACGCGGUGCAACGCAAGAUGAAA